UCUGUCUUUCCCUCUCCUCUUCUCUCUCUCUCUCUCUCUCUCUAGACGGUCUUUUUCUUUCCCGGAAAAAAGACAGUUCUUUCCUCGCACGAACUCAUGUCGGAAAAGGGUAGGCCACUACCAAAAUUUGGUGAAUGGGAUGUUAAUGAUCCUGCUUCAGCCGAGGGAUUCACUGUGAUCUUUAACAAGGCUAGGGAUGAGAAGAAGACGGGUGGCAAACCUGAAUCCCCAGGGAAGGUUGAUUCUAAAUCUACUAUCAAGCCUCCAGCAGAUCCCGCCAAACCUCAGUCUAAAAAAUGGUUUUGCUGCAUUCAAGACCCACCUGCAGAAUCAUGAGAAUGUCCUCCCAGUGGAACUUGCUUUCCACGGAAGAUCAUAUUGUUGUAUAACUAGCUCCACCAGAUUUUUACAUACAAAGAUAGGAGCUUUAGGGCAGUGGAUGGGUUGCUGCUGAAAUUUAUUUUGUGCUGUAAAAUUGAGUUGUGGUUGGAGGAGUCAAGAAGACAAGGAGGGGGAAAAAAAAAGGAAA